GUUCACAGCCUGGGAAGUCCGACAGGAUGCGCGGAUCCCUCUGAGGGAUUUUCCUGCAUUUAAUAUCCUCUCCGAUUGAACUGACACACAAAAUAACAUAUCUGAAAUAACACAGCGCCUGCCAUGUCUGAGACGUACGAUUUCCUGUUCAAGUUCCUAGUGAUUGGGAAUGCAGGAACUGGAAAAUCAUGUCUCCUUCACCAGUUCAUAGAGAAGAAAUUUAAAGAUGACUCAAACCAUACGAUUGGUGUCGAGUUUGGCUCGAAGAUCAUCAAUGUGGUUAACAAGUUUGUCAAACUUCAAAUUUGGGACACAGCAGGACAGGAACGAUUCAGAUCUGUAACAAGAAGCUAUUAUAGAGGUGCAGCAGGAGCUCUACUUGUGUACGACAUUACCAGCCGGGAGACGUACAAUGCUCUGACCAACUGGCUGACAGAUGCCAGGAUGUUGGCCAGCCAGAACAUUGUCAUAAUAUUGUGCGGCAAUAAGAAAGACCUGGACGCUGAUCGUGAGGUCACUUUUCUGGAGGCAUCCCGCUUCGCUCAAGAGAAUGAACUCAUGUUUCUGGAGACCAGUGCUUUAACAGGGGAAAAUGUGGAGGAGGCGUUUGUUCAGUGUGCCCGCAAAAUCCUCAACAAAAUAGAAUCAGGUGAGCUGGAUCCGGAGCGGAUGGGUUCAGGGAUUCAGUAUGGUGAUGCAGCACUGCGGCAGCUACGCUCCCCAAGACGAGCUCAGGCUGAGAGUGUGCAGGAGUGUGGCUGUUAGCGCCAGCGCCGCUAUAGCCAAACAGCCAGGCAGGUUUUGUGAAGAUAAGGAGGAUAUCAGUGGGGAAUGGGGUGAAAAGCCCAAGAAAGUGGAGCAACUCUUCCCUCACCUUCCUUUUACUUCGGUUCAGACGUGGCAGAGAUCCUGGGACGUCUCUGCGCUCCAGAAGUCUGGAAACCGUUAACUGCCCCCUGGGCCUAGGCAAAGAUACCCGCUGUGUUCAAUACCCUGAGGAUGAUGAAACUAGGCCCUUGCUGAAAGUUCUGCACUGAGCUAUCCUAACCUUCUGUGUCCUAUUCUACUCCCAUUAACAUAUGUAGAUCUUGUGUAGAGAAGAGCUUAUCAUCAUUACCUUGGAGCAUGUUUUAUGGACUUCAUUACCAGGACUUCAACGAUUAGGUUUUAUCAGAUCGGGAGAAGGCCAGUGUUUACUUGGAGGGUCUCAUCAGUGACAUCUGUUACGUGCACUGGUUUUAUCAUGACACGAUACAUUUUUAUUCAUUUUUUCUCUCUUGCUCUGCAGAUAAGUAUUCCCUUUGGUCUGGUAGGGCAAUAUAAUGGAAUAUACAAUGUUUUAUAAAAGAGAUUGCUGUCUUUUGCAAGAAUGCACUGUUCUUCUGUUCUGAUGUUUUCGGUGCACAACAUGUAUAAGAGAAGUUAUGUUGCUGUAAAAACCUGGAAUGUCAAAAUACAGUAUAUAUAAACAAACAU